CCCCCACCCCCACCUCCACCCCCACCCCCACCUCCACCCCCACCCCCACCCCCACCUCCACCCCCACCCCCACCCCCACCUCCACCCCCACCCCGACCCCCACCCCCACCUCCACCCCCACCCCCGACCCCACCUCCACCCCCACCCCCACCCCCACCCCCACCUCCACCCCCACCCCCACCUCCACCUCCACCUCCACCCCCACCUCCACCCCCACCCCCACCCCCAGCCCCGACCCCACCUCCACCCCCACCUCCACCCCCACCCCCACCCCCACCCCCACCGCUAACCCCCCAGCCCCCGACCCCACCUCCACCCCCACCCCCACCCCCACCCCCACCCCCACCUCCACCCCCACCUCCACCCCCACCUCCACCCCCACCCCCACCCCCACCUCCACCCCCAGCCCCACCUCCACCCCCACCUCCACCCCCACCCCCACCCCCACCUCCACCCCCGACCCCACCUCCACCCCCACCCCCACCCCCACCCCCACCCCCACCUCCACCCCCACCCCCACCUCCACCCCCACCCCCAGCCCCGACCCCACCUCCACCCCCACCCCCACCCCACCCCCACCCCCACCCCCACCCCCACCUCCCACCCCCACCUCCACCCCCACCUCCCACCCCCCCACCCCCACCUCCACCCCCGCCCCCACCUCCACCUCCACCCCCACCCCCACCCCCACCCCCAGCCCCACCCCCACCCCCACCUCCACCCCCAGCCCCACCCCCACCCCCACCCCCACCUCCACCCCCACCCCCACCCCCACCUCCACCCCCACCCCCACCUCCACCCCCAGCCCCACCUCCACCCCCACCCCCACCCCCAGCCCCGACCCCACCUCCACCCCCACCCCCACCCCCACCUCCACCCCCAGCCCCACCUCCAGCCCCGCCCCCACCCCCACCUCCACCCCCACCCCCACCCCCACCCCCACCUCCACCCCCAGCCCCACCUCCACCCCCACCCCCAGCCCCGACCCCACCUCCACCCCCACCUCCACCCCCACCCCCACCUCCACCCCCACCCCCACCCCGACCCCCACCCCCACCCCCACCCCCACCUCCACCCCCACCCCCACCCCCACCUCCACCCCCACCCCCACCCCCACCACCUCCUCAACCUCCUCCACCACCUCCACCACCUCCACCACCUCCGCCUCCCUUGGCGAGCUGCCUCGUGUGUUCCAUGCUGUCAUUUGUGAAGUUUCCGCAUGGCUCCAUCGUGGUCAUGAGCAAAUACAACCAACUGCAGCCCUGA